UUCUAUUUAAUUUGAACAGAGAUGAGCAGGUUCUGAUUCGAACUUAACGGAUAUACCGAAAAGAAGUUAGCAAAGGUUGCAAAUCGGCGCAGGAGGUCAAAAACGGAUUAGUCAGGUAAACGGUGGUAAGGACCGAAGAGCUCGUCUGAGACGCUGAGCGCCUCUUCAUCGCUGCUUCCACGAGACUCGAAAAAUUCAAAUGAGCGAAGAUACAGUUCGUGUGGCUGUCCGCAUCCGACCACUGGUUCGGACAGAAAUUGAGAAAGGAUGCCAAACGUGUCUCACGGUAAUUCCUGGAGAAUCACAGAUUCAAGUAAGAGGGACUGAAAAAGCCUUCACGUUCAACUAUGUAUUUGCGCCAGAGAUUGAACAGGAUUCUUUUUAUAAGACUGCUAUUCAAGAUAUGGUGAAAAAUGUUUUCCAAGGAUAUAACGUAACAAUUCUGGCUUAUGGACAAACCGGAAGUGGGAAAACACACUCAAUGGGCACGAAUUAUGCCCAUGGGGAACAGCCAGGGGUUAUUCCCAGAGCUGUGCAAGAUAUUUUUGCUAUAAUUAAUUUGAAGCAAGACUGGAUUUUUAAUGUAACCGUUUCCUUCAUGGAACUGUACCAAGAACAAUUAUACGACCUGUUAUCAAAAAAGCAACGCAAUCAAUGUAUAGUGGACAUUAGAGAAGAUUCAAAGGGUGUUAAGGUUGCAGGGUUAACGGAAGUCAAUGUUACAAAUGCUGAAGAAACUCUGCAAUGCUUAACACAAGGUUCUUUGGGUCGAGCGACUGGAGCAACGGCAAUGAAUGCGUGUAGCAGUCGUAGUCAUGCAAUUUUUACCAUCACAAUUUACCAGCAGAAAAGAGAUGAUCCCAAUACUGCGACAACUGCGAAAUUUCACCUUGUCGACCUAGCAGGAUCGGAACGCAGUAAAAAGACGCAGGCCACAGGAGAAAGAUUCAAAGAGGGCGUUAAUAUAAAUAAGGGUCUCCUAGCUCUGGGAAACGUAAUAUCCCAAUUGGGUGAAGGUGGAAGUCACUCUUACAUUGGAUACCGUGAUAGUAAACUCACGAGGCUCCUCCAAGAUUCUCUUGGAGGAAAUUCAAUGACGCUUAUGAUAGCGUGCGUAAGUCCAGCAGAUUACAAUCUUGACGAGACCAUAAGUACCUUGAGGUAUGCCGAUCGUGCCCGACGAAUUAAGAACAAGCCAAUCGUUAAUCAAGAUCCAGGAAUUGCUGAAAUCAACCGAUUACACAAAACAAUUCAGGAAUUAAGAGUAGCAUUGCUGGACACAGGACAUGGGGGCUCAUGUCCUCCCGAGCAUAACGAACUUCAGGAGAAAAAUCGACUGCUGCAAAAGAGAGUCCGUGACCUCGCAAGCAAGUUGAACGAAAAUCUGCUGGAAGUUGUCCACAUGCAUGAACAGGCUGAACUUGCCGAACAAGCGCGGGAAAGAAACAAAGCGCAGUUGACUGCUGUUCUACACGAGUUUGAAGAUCUUUCGAGCUUAAAUGUAUGUGCCAUCUGCACAGACCUAUGUAACAAAAUUGAAACUAUACGGAUGAAACUGCUUGAUCUUCAGAAAGACGACGCGAAGAAUGCUGAAGAACUUCGUUGCCACGAUAUUUGUGGAAGUGCGGGAAGUUCAAGCAGUGGAAUUGUUGAAGAAAAACCCCAUACAUCUGGAUCGGAGGACGAAUUCGAUAAAAGCACGGAUCUUGACGAAAAACAAGAAGAGCAUACGUUGCAGCAAGCUGAAAGAAACAACGAGGUGCAAAAUAUCAAUAGAGAACUGGCGUUAAAGGAAGAUCUGAUAUCGAAACUUCUGAAAAACUCGUCCCAUCUGGCAGAUUAUACGAAAGAACUUCAAGAGAUGGAACAAGAGAUAAAAUCCCUACAGGCUGAGAAGGAAGAGCUUCUUCAAGCUUUACAAAGUGUUAAAGCGAAUAACGCAAGCUCAAAAAUUGCAGAGACACGCCGAAAGAAGGUACAAGAACUAGAGAAGAAAAUAACGGAAUUAACGCGAAAAUGUGUGGAACAAAACAAAGCAAUCAAAAUGAAAGAAAAGUCCGAUCAGCAAAUAAAAAAUCUAACUACUGAGAUUCAGUCUUUAAAACAAAUUCGUGUCAAACUGGUGCGACAAAUGCGAUCCGAAGCUGAGAGGUUCGGUAAAUGGAGACAAGAACGUGAACGUGAACUCUCUAAAUUGAAGGAUCAGGACAGGAAACGACAGAACCAAAUGGCUCGUCUCGAAUCCCUGUAUAACAAGCAGCAAAAUGUCAUGAAGCGAAAAAUAGAAGAAGCCACGUCGAUAAAUAAGAGAUUAAAGGAGGCUUGAGAUGCAAAAAAAAGCGCAUCAAAGGAGGGAAAAGACAAGUGGCAGCAAAGAAAACGCUCAUGCAUGGGUUACGCAGGAAUUGAAGAUUCUGCUUAGUACCGUUGAUGCAAAGUGCACCCUAGAACG